AUGGAGUCGGAACAAAUCGUGAUCAAUUAUCUGUUUCGGCUUUUGAGGAGCAUUGUUCCAGAUGAAUUCGAUGCUAAUUUCAUUCACAAGCUAACAAAUGAUGUAUAUACCCUGCUGGUAAGGUCGUAUACGUCUUCCGUGAGCACUUCCCAGUCUCUGGCUUCCCUGAAUGAAUACCGUUCUAUUUUUGCCCAUAUGCCUGCGUACACGUAUGUCUGGGAUAAGCUUGAGCAAACAACUGAAGAUCUCCUGUCUAUGAAAAAUACAGACGAAGCGGCGAGAUACUUGAUCAAAUUGGACUCGUACGAAACAAAUAAACAAAGACAAAUGCCAUCCCGUCUGGCACAAUACGACUCUUCUGGAGUCGCAAAUAAUCUGGGAGCUAGCACAAGCAUGGCUUAUCAACGUCAUCUUCUCUCAUCCCCUGGCCUACCUUCCAGCACCGCGUUUUUGCCCUCAUCAACAUAUGGACUACAUUCAAGCCGACCGCCAAGCCAAAGCUUCUCUGUAGGGGAGCCCCUCAGCAAACACUUGCUCCCAUUUUACUACCAGAAUACAGAGUAUGGCCUUAUUCCAGAGCAAGAAAUGAUCAAAAGCCUGGCAUUCACACUGAUAGGCUCGACGUCGGAAGUUUUUCCAUUCGAUGAUAAGAUAAAAGUACCAACUAAUAUAAGCUAUGGUGCAGCGGGUUUGCUCUAUCAGCUAUUUGAACCUGCCUUAAUAUACAAGCAUUUGAAAACGAUGAGUCCGAAAGUUCUGGCCAAUUCGCAGGUCAAAGUCGCUUUUUCAAGCUUAUUACAAAAAGAACUAUUUCAAUACACCAGUCUUGUGAAUCAGAUUUUUAAUCCAGCGAACAUCGAAUCCUUGACAUUAAGGUACGUGCGCUUGCAACUCAAUGACUCAAUCAUUAAGUUGCGGAUGCUUUUCAACCUUACAACACAAAUUCAAACGCUUCCCAUAAAUGAAUUUUUGUCGAAUCUGAGCGAGCUUGCGAAAAUUGGAGACCCGUCAUUGAAGGGGUUAGCAAUAACGAUUUUUCGUACAUGUUCUUUGCCCUACUUUGAAAUGAUUAAGGAUUGGAUAUUUGAAGGAUCGCUGAUUCGAGAAGAUACUAUCAGGGAGAACUUUUUCAUCGCGUACACAGAAUUGGGUCCAGAACUACAGCCGGAUAAAGUUCCGACUUUCGUAAGGACUUCAGAACUGAUCUACCAGAUAGGGAAAUCGUUUCUUUAUCUCAAAAAUCAAUGCAAUGAAAUGAAAUGGUGCAUCGAGUUUGGUUUAAAGUAUCGAAAAUUGCUUGUAAACAAUGGUGACUUCUUGGACAUGGCUGCCAACAAAUUGGACAGGCUCGUGCAACAGCAGUACGACGAAAUAAUCAAUUAUCUGUGCUAUGUUCUUUACGAGAAAUACGGUCUGGUUAAAGAAAUAAGCUAUCUGCAUCAGCUCUUGCUGAUGAAUAAAGGCGAUUUCAUUAACUCUCUUAUUGUCAAGGGCCUCCCUGUUUUAAACGAGUCCUCAUCAACAUUGUCAUCUCACCAUCUAAUGAAAAUUCUACAGGAAUCUAUUGAGAAUUCUAGUAUCAGACAUUUUCCAGUUGAGGUUCUGAAUCGACUGGACGCUAGAAUUCUUGAGAUGGGACAUGGGAACAUUGGUUGGGAUGUUUUCACCUUAGACUUCCAGGUAAAGUUUCCACUCGAUCACAUUUUGAAUGGGCCCACGCAUAAUUCCAGAGAGUAUCUGCGAAUGUUUAAUUUCCUGUUGCGUUUACAGAAGGUGAACUACCUUUUGAACGUGGAGUGGCUAGAGUCCAACAGCAUCAGGCGGAGUUCUUUGAAGCAUAUUGAAAAGAGAAGCAAAAUUGUCCGUCGACAAUUGAAGCUUGACCCUAGUUACGCCCUCUCGGUUCUAGAUUCCCGUUGUCUUUGGCUGUCCAAAACCUUCAAGCGACUUAACAUACUGAGAAACGAGUUCAUCAAGUUUGUUAAUAUCAUCACCAGCUUUUUUGACCUAGAAAUCAUCGAAAAAAAGUAUCAAAAACUGCUAGAGGCCUUUGCCAAAACAGACGAACAUGAUAUAAAAGUCAAGCGCAAUGCUAAGGGUUUAAAAGUACUGGAAAGUGGAAGAAUCAAAAUUGACAAGACUUACCUCCCUCAGUCCGACGAAGCUCUCCUUGAGCUGAGAUAUAGUGCUUAUAACUUGGACGAGCUUACAAAACUGCAUCGUGACUACAUCACCUCAAUCACCAGAUCUAGGCUGUUUGAUAUGCAUAGUAAGUCUUCCAAAGGCAGAAACUCGGGUCUUUAUUACAUUGAGCAAAUUGAUUCUUUCAUAAUAACCAUCAACCAGUUCAUCAGCCUCAAUGAAGAGUUUAAUAGCUUGUUGGUGGAUAUGUUAUCUGUUACCGAAAUGCUGCGCGACGAUGGGUAUUUGGACUUUGAGAACAAGGACCGUUAUGACGAUUAUCUCAAUUCGAUCGAUGUUAAGCUGAACAAGCUUAUGGAAAAGCUAACCGUGGACAUCAUAGAGUCUUUCGAAGAUAACCUGGAAAAAUUCACCGAAGAUUUGACAGUAGAUCAUGACCAGACUCUGAGGUGUCUUGGUAUCAUGCUGAGCAACUAG